UGAUAGCUUAGUUGAGCAUUAGUCGAGAUUUACUUAUUAUUACAAAUACGACAUAAUCUUGAGAUCACACAAAUAGCUAUACAUUCAAAGGUAUGGCGAGUAAUAUAACGGGCAGUGGUGGUGCAGACCUGGGUGUUUGCAUUAAGGACACGGCCGUCAUAUUCACGGAGCAAUUGCUGUCACUUUUCUACAUAUUAUCGCCGUUAGAGCACACGAAGGAUGACGCCAAUGAUGUCCCCAAUUAUGAAGUGGCCCUAUUCCCAGUAGCCGGGUUACUGGUUGUGGUCGAGCAAAUUAUCAGGCUUAUCAAAAAGCAUCCCGUAUCCCGAUUCCAAGAUCUGGUCAUCAAUACUGGCUCGCUGUUGUUGUUUACAUUAUCCAGAGCUCUACUGUUAGGAGUGGUGGUCAUAGUGUUCUCAUGGAUUCACAACAACUUCCGUAUAGUGGACCUACCGUUGCACUCG